UAUGGCUCCCAACAGCCACCUGUGCACACAUAGGGAGCCUGCAGACUGGUGUGUCUGUGGGAUAAAGUCCUCAAAAUGGAGUUUCAGGGUCAAAGCAUGUGUGCGUGUAUCAUUUUUUAAAAGCCGAGGGGACUUCCCCAAGGCACAGUGGCUACGACUCCAUGCUCCCAGUGCGGGAGGCCAGUUCGAUCCCUGGUCAGGGAACUAGAUUCCACAUGCAUGCCGCAACUAAAGACCCCGCAUUCCGCAACUAAAGAUCCCGCAUGCCGCAACUAAAGAAAAAUGAUCCCACAUGCUGCAACUAAAAAAUCCUGUGUGCUGCGACUAAGACCCGGCACAGCCAAGUAAGUAAGUAAAUAAAUAUUUUUAAAAAUUGAGGUAAAAUUCACAUAACUAAGUUAACCAUUCACCAUUAUUUAUUUAUUUUCUUUCCUUCUUUCUUUUUUUUUUGGACUGUGUCAGGUCUUAGUUGUGGCACACGGGAUCUUUCGUUGCGGCGCCCGGGCUUCUCUCUAAUUGUGGCCUGUGGGGUUUUUUUCUCUCUAGUUGUGGCUCGCGGGCUCCAGGGUGCAUGGGCUCUGUAGUUUGUAGCACGCGGGCUCUCUCGUUGAGGCGCGCAGGCUCAGUGGUUGUGGUGCGUGGGCUUAGUUGCCCCGUGGCCUGUGGGAUCUUAGUUCCCCGACCAGGGAUCGAACCCGCGUCCCCUGCAUUGGAAGGCAGAUUCUUUACCACUGGACCACCAGGGAAGUCCCUACCAUUAACCUUUUGUUUUUCUUUUUUUUAAUUUUAUUUUUAAAAUUUAUUUAUUUUUGGCUGCAUUUGGUCUUUGUUGCUGCACGCAGGCCUUAUCCAGUUGCGGCGAGCCGAGGUCACUCCCCGCUGCGGUGCGCGGGCUUCUCAUUGCGGCGGCUUCUCUUGUUGCAGAGCACGGGCUCUAGGCGCGUGGGCUCAGUAGUUGUGGCUCGCGGGCUCUAGAGCGCAGGCUCAGUAGUCGUGGCGCAUGGACUUAGUUGCUCCGCGGCAUGCGGGAUCUUCGCGGACCAGAGCUCGAACCCAUGUCCCCUGCAUUGGUAGAUGGAUUCCCAACCACUGCGCCACCAGGGAAGUCCCCCAUUGACCGUUUGAAAUCACAGUACAGUGGUAUUUAGUACAUUCACAAGGUUGUGCAACCACCAAAUCGGUCUAGUUCCAGAACAUUCCAUCAACCCAAAAAAAACCCCAUCCCCGUUAGCUGUCACCCCCUACGCCCCUCCCCCGCCCCUGACAACCAUGAACCCACUCUCUGUCCCUGUGGAUUUUCUUGUCCUGGACGUUUCCCAUCAAUGGGAUCACAUGACAGACUCUGCAAAUGGCUGUGCCAGGUUCCCUCCCAGCUGUGCAGACAGCACGUUGGGGGGUGCUGGUGGCCGUCGUCUGGCCACCCUGCCCCACCCCUCCCCCGGCUGUUCCUGCCUUCUCUGUCCCUCAGCAUCGUCUCUUGGAGAUUUUGAAUUACCGAAUUACCUUCCGUGGAAAUGGUAAUCUGGGCAGGGGUGGGCACACUCUCCCUGGAAAAGGUCAGACAGUCAAAGCUUUGGGCUUCGCGGGCCAGACGUCCUCUGUCCCGGACCCUGGGGACGCAGAAGUGAACAGGGUCGCCACCGUCCAGUCCUCCUGGGCUGACCUUCUAGUGGAGCAGAAAGAGAAUGAACAGCAGAUGGUUAAACGAACAGCCAGGACUGAGCCUGGAGGAAUCCACCGCUUCCAGGGAACAACUCCCUUACAGUCAGGGAGGGCAGCUCUGAGGAGUACAUGGGCUGCAUCGAAGUCCUCCGUUCCAUGCGCUCCCUGGACUUCAGCACUCGCACCCAGCUCACCAGGGAAGCCAUCAACCGGCUCCAUGAGGCCGUGCCUGGCAUCCGGGGCUCCUGGAAGAAGAAGGCCCCCAACAAGGCACUGGCCUCCAUCCUGGGCAAGAGCAACCUGCGCUUCGCGGGCAUGAGCAUCGCCGUCAGCAUCUCCGUCGACGGCCUCAACCUCUCCGUUCCCGCCACGCACCAGAUCAUCGCCAGCCACCACAUGCAGUCCAUCUCCUUUGCGUCGGGGGGUGACACGGACAUGGUGGAUUAUGUGGCCUACGUGGCCAAGGACCCCAUCAACCAGAGAGCCUGCCACAUCCUGGAGUGCUGCGAGGGCCUCGCCCAGAGCGUCAUCAGCACCGUGGGCCAAGCCUUCGAGCUGCGCUUCAAACAGUACCUGCACAGCCCCCCCAGGGUUGUCGUGCCCCCGGGAAGGCUGACCGGGCCGGAGGAUUCGGCCUGGGGGGACGAGGACGAGACAGAACACAGCUACUACAACCGCACUCCCGGGAAGGAACCGCCCCUGGGCGGGCUGGUGGACUCCAGGCUCACCCCUGCGCAGCAGCCCUGCGCCCUCGGGGCCCUUGGCCAGGGAGCAUCUCCUGCUCGAAGAGACGCCCGAGGCCCGCAGUGGGACGUGGGCCCCUCAGCCCCGCCCGGGGAUGGCUACGUGCAGGCAGACCCGCGGGGCCCGCGAGACUACGAGGACCACUUGUACGUCAACACGCAAGGUCUGGACGGCCCGGAGACCCUGCAGCCUGAGGACAGCCCCAAGAAGGACCUGUUCGACAUGAGACCCUUCGAGGAUGCCCUGAGGCUGCACGAGUGCUCCGUGGCCGCGGGUCCGGCGGCAGCCCCCCUUCCCGUGGAGGACCAGUGGCCCAGCCCGCCGACCCGCCGGGCCCCCAUCGCCCCCACGGAAGAGCAGCUGCGGCAGGAGCCCUGGUACCACGGCCAGAUGAGCCGUCGGGCGGCGGAGAAACUGCUUCGAGUGGACGGGGACUUCCUUGUGCGGGACAGCGUCACCAACCCGGGGCAGUAUGUCCUCACCGGCAUGCACGCAGGGCAGCCCAAGCACCUGCUGCUCGUGGACCCCGAAGGCGUGGUGCGGACGAAGGACGUGCUCUUCGAGAGCAUCAGCCACCUGAUCGACUACCACCUGCAGAACGGGCAGCCCAUCGUGGCCGCCGAGAGCGAGCUGCACCUGCGUGGUGUCGUCAGGCGGGAACCCUGAGCCAGGUUGUGACUCUCAGCCUGUGGCUCCUUGUCCCCGCUCCCCCCGGAUGGCCCUGUGGUGGCCUUAGGGGCCCUCAGCCUUUCUCUGGACCCUGGUCGGGCCGGAAUCGCCGCUGUCUCUCCUUCCUCCGCGUGGGUCUCUGGAAUCUUCCUUCUCCAGCUGGCCCUGGGCUGGGCUGGGUCAAGCCCGCCUGGAGACGGAGCCCACGACCCCUUUCUCCCACCGAGCCCUCUGCCUGCCGCCAGCCUUCACCUGGAGUGAGGGCACACAUACCAAAGACAGAGCCUUUUCUCGCCUUUAAAGAAAGUAUAUCAGAAAGCAGCCCUCUAUCUCGGAGCCCUGGCCCAGGUUCCUGAUGGGGCAAGGAGGCACCGUUUCCUUUCCCGGCUGGACGUCAGCUCACCUCCCUGGAACCAGCAGGUCCCCAGUUCCCUGGCAUGGAGACGGGUUCCUGUCCUGGCCGGGCUCAGAUUUUCCACCUGAAAAAUUAGUGCACAGUUGUCUUUUGGGGGGAGAAUCGAGGUGCUUUGGGCCCUCAGGCCAGGGCAAAUGCUGAUGUGGAAGUGGGGGGCAGCCUUGGGAUGAUGGGGGGUAUCCAGGCAACCCCAAGACAACUGACCCGGGUGGGGCUGGUUGUGAGGCCCCCGCCCUCCCAGCUGUCAACCUGCACUGGACACUUGGACUCUGUUUGUAAUUAAACCUGGGAAUGACCACGG